CGUUACAUUCAGGACGAACCUGUUAAUAACGUGUACUUCCUGCAGGGAAGCGCUCAGAGUUGUCAAGCCGCUCCGGUGUCGCUCAGCUUCGGAUCCUCAAGCUGUGAGGCAGAGCUUUAUCGACAGUUGCUUGGAGAAGAUAUGGCACGCCUAGUAGCUGUUUGCAGAGACGGAGAAGAGGACUACCGUUUCCUCGCGAGACAAAUUCCCUUAUACAUUGAUGACUCCCUCACGAUGGUGAUGGAGUUUCCUCGCACAGUAUUGCACUUUGACAGUCAUCAGACCAACAGUUCACAAAUUAAGCCGUUUAUUGAGCGUCACAGCAUGCUGAAGCAGCAGGACCUGAGUAUGGCCCUGAUGGUGAUGUCCCGUGAGGUGUUCAGCGCACUCUCCCAGAUGGUGCCAUGCGUGGGCUGCAGACGCAGCGUUGAACGACUCUUUGCUCAGCUCACAGACUCCGGCUACUUUGCCCUGGAGCCACUGACCGUGGGAUCAGCUGGUGUGCUAUCCAUCACCAGGGCUUGCCUUGCAGACCCCCUCAAACUCUACACACUCUUCUAUGUCCAUGGGUCAAAGUUAAACGAUGUGAUUGAUUCCAUUCCCAAAAGCAAAAAGAACAAGCGCUGUCAGUUGCACUCUUUAGACACACACAAGCCCAAACCUUUGGGAGGGAGCUGGAUGGAUGUAUGGGAGCUGAUGUCUCAGGAGUGCCGGGACGAGGUGGUUCUGAUCGACAGUGCUUGUUUACUGGAAACGCUGGAGACAUACUUGCGUAAACACAGGUUCUGUACAGACUGUAAAAACAAGGUGCUGAGGGCCUACAACAUCCUUGUGGGUGAGUUGGACUGCAGUAAAGAGAAAGGCUACUCCGCUGCACUUUAUGAGGGCCUGCGCUGCUGCCCACACGAGCGCCACAUCCACGUCUGUUGUGAGACCGAUUUCAUCGCUCACCUGCUAGGCCGUGCUGAGCCAGAGUUCGCUGGGGGAUACGAGCGCAGAGAAAGGCACGCUAAGACCAUCGACAUAGCGCAGGAAGAAGUUUUGACGUGUCUGGGGAUCCACCUGUAUGAGCGACUACACCGGAUCUGGCAAAAGCUACGGGCUGAGGAGCAGACGUGGCAGAUACUCUUCUACCUCUGUAUCGAUGCAUUACGCAAAAGCUUUGAGAUGGCAGUAGAAAAGGUGCAGGGAAUCAGCCGACUGGAACAACUCUGUGAGGAGCUGUCAGAAGAGGAGCGAGCGAAAGAGCUGAAGCAAGAAAAAAAGCGACAGAAACGCAAGAACAGACGCAAAAACAAGUGCGGCUUUGACAUGUCUGAGCAAGAGACCAACGGGUACAAAGAAAAGAGCUUGGGAGAGGGUUUAGAGGAUUCUGAGAGCACUGGCUGUAAGUCAUGUGGCAACAGGGAGGAGCCUGGUGUAGGUGUCGAGUCUGUUGUUCCUCUUGAGAGCUCCGCCUGCAGCUGUCCUGCCUCAACCAUCUUGGGCUCCCCCAAAAGCAAAAACGGUUUGCUAUCUCAUAGUCACGGCAGCGACUGUGGCUAUUCUUCCAGCAUGGAAGGCAGCGAGACGAGUUCCAGGGAAGGCUCAGACGUGGCCUGCACCGAGGGAAUGUGUAACCAUGAUGAAACGGCUGAAUACGCAUGCAGUCACCACUGCUUAGAGGACAAGGAGGAGGAUGGUGUGGACAGCUGUGUUGAGUGUUGGGCAAACUGUGAAGAGCACGCCAAAGGAAGGAACAAGAAGAAAAAAAGGAAGAACAGGGGCUCGCUAAAUUCAAAUGAACACCAUGGUUCCCAGUCAGAUGGGUGUGUGUCAGACAGCAGCCAGAGAGGAGAACCAAGCAUCUCAUCUGGCUCUGAAAACUCCCACAAUCCCUCUGCCUCUAACCCACACAACUGCCAGAGCAAACAGAUGCCUUGUGUGAAGGUGUGCUGUGGCUCGCUCUUCACUGCUGUCCUGCAGCUGCCCUGGGCUAAGCAAGAGAUCGCAAGUGGCCUGAACACUCAGACUCCAGAUGCCUGCACACAGGGGCACUGUACAACCAAAAGUCUCAUGGAGCUGCUGGACGAGGCAGAAAUGUCAUCGGACGAAGAGAACUGCCUGACGCAAGAUGAGAUCCAGUCGUUCGUAGAGGAGAACAAGUCUUUCUACAGCACAAGAGACCAGUACAGACAGCACCUAAAGGACCGAUUCACCAACUACUGCCACUCCAGCGUGUGCAGAGGAGAUUGGCUUCCUACGACUAGUGUCAAAUAAAUACACACCAAACACAUGAUUUUUACACGUAGGAAAAAUGCUCACGAUUACCCCUGCUGCAGAAGAGGGAAAAAAAGAGGAAGAAAAUGAAUGUUGGGUUCAAAACCGGAAUGAAUUCUUUAGCUGUCUGGUUUGUUAGUUUAAUUUUAUUUGUUAGGAAUACUUAAACGUUCACAUCCACUUCUUUUCACAUUUAUCUUUUCAGUCUCCCCAUCUCUUUUCUCUCCUUUCUUCCCGUCCCUCACUGACACUCAGGUGUAGUUUAUUUGCUGUUUUUUCUAGAUUUACUGAUUUUUUGGAACGGGUUCAUAAGAUCACAGUGGAAAUGUUAAGAUUGCAGGCGAUCACUGUGGUCUUCUAGUCUUAUUCUUUAUUCAACAUCACUUUAUUUUCCCAGUUCAUCUCACUAACCGAGACACUUCAUUUUAGUGGCAAAUUGUUGUACCAUUUAUGUGUACAGAAAUGAAAUUAUCUGAAUAUAAAGAUUUUACAGAGAGGAAACAUCCAAUUAUAAGGAGGCUUGGGUGUAAUGUUGAGCGAAUGUGCAAAAUUGACAUAAUAAAGAAUAUUUAUUAAUAUGCAUUAA